GUGUCAAUAACAUUGAACCGGCAGCAUAUAAAAGGACGAACAAACUGCGCUCCGGUUAGACGAGACAGAACCAGUAGUGACCGGACCGUACUGUCUGGCGAGCGGCAACAAGAGAGGCUAGCGGCAGACUCAGCUAUCAGACUGAUCCACAGUUUUGGGGUACACGACAAGGUACAAUGGCCAUCGCCAUGGAGGUUGAGGAAGGUUACCCACAACCAACGAAGGUUGAACUUUCCCUACGUAACAAGCUGUACAUCAAGAUCAGUGAACAUUUGUCGGAAGAUGAAGUGAAAAGCUUGCGACAAUCGAUGAUAACUGACAACCAUAUUGCCAGGGGAAGAGUUGAGAACGCAAAGCCCCAUGAAAUGUUCAACAUGUUGGAAGCUGAUGGCAAAAUUGGUAGGGAAAAUCUUGGUUUACUGAAGGAAUUACUGAAAGCCCUUGGAAAAGGAACGCUAGCAAUGGAAGCUGAGGAUGUGGAAGAGGAAGAGGGACGGGUCAUGGAUGGUCCGAUCAAGCUAACAUCAACUCGGGAGGUGAACAACCGGAGACAGAUCUACAUCUCACCUGCAGCGGAGAAAAUCCUCUCCAGCCUCCCGCCUCGCUCCGUCGAUGUUGUGUCGGUUGUAGGGCCGAUGAGGAAAGGGAAGUCCCAUAUGGCAAAUCUCCUAUGCAAAAAGAAGUCUGGAUUCCCUCUUGGAGACGACAUGGAAUCGAAAACAAAGGAUUUCUGGUUCUGGAUCCGUCCCCAUCCGGUUCAGACUGGUCGCUAUCUCAUGGUUGUUGACACUGAAGGUCUGGGUGACUACUGUGAUGAGGAACAGAGAGAUAAAGACACCAAGUAUCUGGUUUUGGCCACCCUCAUCUCCAACCACCUGGUUUUCAACCUCCAGGGGAACCCAGACAGUGGCUUUGUGACUAAUCUGAGACUCAUGGGAGACCUCGCAGAACGUAUCCGUGUUCAAAGAGAUGGUGGCGACGAGGGACAAAAUCUUGGUCAGCACUUCCCCGAGCUGUGGGUGGCCGUGCAAGACACUCACCUGAAAACACCUCAAAAAUACGGAAGACGCCUAACCCCUGACGAGUUCCUGGAACUCUUGUUGGAGCACAAAGAUGGCCACACAACUGCGAUCAACUCCCACAACAACAUGACGUCUGCAGUGAAGGCCUUCUUCCCAAAGCGGCAUCUCCGACUGAUCCCUGCACCGUCCAUAAACUCGGACGUCUUGAGCAACCUUGGCAGCGUAGCGGACAGCGCUCUACAGACGGAGUACAAAGAUGCUACUGGAAACUUCACCCGUGAGAUCUGGAACUCCGGCCAGGUCAAGAGGGUCAACGGAGAGGACGUAAAAACCACAGGUCUUCUUCACAUCAUGCGGUACUAUAUCGACGCCAUCAACGACCCGAACGCCAUGCCGUCUGUUCUUGGUGCAUACGAGGCUAUGGCGGAAGGAGAGUGCCGCCGGGCUUCAGAGGAACAGAUGAAGACGUUCCAGAAAACUGUUGAGGAAACAGUGAAACCGCUCAUGCCGACUGACGAGGCAACCUGCAACAGGAGAAUCCAGGCUGCUGUGGACAACGCCGUCGCCAGGAUGUCUGCAGACGUGGGGAAGUGGGACAAAGAUGGGACAUGGAAGAGGCGUCUCCAGGCGAAGCUCAAUAAGGAACGCCUUGACUUGCUCAAUCUUAACAGCGCUAAGUCUAAGGAUCUCUGCGAGACGAUCCUGAAAAAAGUCGACCUUCCCGUUCGACUGAAAGUGGGAAGGGGAGUGUACAAUGGAAUCGGUGGAUUCAAUACAUACGCAAAGGACAUGGAGGACGUGUACAGAGCCUACAGGCAAAAAGCUUCUGGAAAAGGCCCAGCAGUUGAGAAAGUGUUGGAGACCUUCCGUGCCACGGAGACGACAAGGAGGAACGCGAUCAUGGACACAGACAAGAAGCUGGUGGAGGAAGACCGCCGAGUUAAGGAAGAACAGAGAAAGAAACAAGAGGCCAAGGCAGCAGCAGAAAGGGCCGCUGAAAAGGAGAGGCUGGCAAGGGCUGAAGCGGCGAAGGCUGAGGCCGAGAGAGCUGCUGAAGAAGCCAAGAGACGAGUGGCAGAGGUGGAAGCGAAGAGACAAGAAGCUUUGGCUGAAGCUGCCAGGCAGGCACAGAGGGCGGCGGAGGAAAGGGCACGGAGAAAGGAAAGAAAGUAUUUUCUGGGAAUCCCAUAUUGAUAAAACACAUUCUUCGUGUCUAUUGAACAUGUUAUCUUGAGAAAGUAGCUAAAGGAAACAGUACUAGUGACCCGUGUUUAAUAGUAUGGCCACUGCGUGUUUUUCGGUGGUUUGAAAAACUAUACAGCAACAAAGGUCGACACGAGUAGCUUAUUACUCAACAUAGUUCUAAUAAAGUUAAUGUUGAAUAUAUAAUGAAACUGAGAGGGGUUAGGCGAAUUGUUCUCGUCAAAUAGAAAGCUUGUGUGUUACGUCGAAGGACGGUUAUACCGGCUAUACCGAUACGAUCAAGACUUGGCAUCAUGUAUGUAUUUACGUUUGCAUAAAAUACGUUAACAGAGCCUCGAUAAUACGUCGAACAUUGUGUGAUUAUGAAAUGCAACAAGACACACGUGCACUGAUUUGUGAAAGCUGAAUGAUUCUGGUGAAAACAUGCCCAUUUACCUGUUUGUAUACUUUGUUGGACUUGCACUUACACCUCUAUCGCUGCUUGAUCUAGCCACAGAUAUUUCAUGUAACCGUUUGGGCACAAAUAAUUAGCAAAUGAAAAUUUUGCUAAUAGAAAGGAUUGUAAAUGUAAGGCAUUUACACAUGGUCAUCACCAUGCAUAAGAUUUACGAAAGCACUAAACAUGUCAUGGAGGUAUGAGAUCGCCGAACUCUAGUUUAUUUCAGACCAUUAUUGAUCUUAACAUUCUUGUCGGGCUGGUAAUUGUUUACACAUAUCCAGGUAUAGCAGAAAUGUAAUAUGUAAUGGUUCACCAAAACCGGCAUGAUACGUAUUCUCCUAUUUGCUAUUACUAACUUCAAGUUUGAGCGAUUCAAUCGUUAUGAGAAGAAAACGAAAAUCUAGGAUGUAACAUUACAAGUAGGAUGGGACCCAAGGUGACUGCUUUCAGUCAAUACACAACUCCAAUGCUGAAAUUUGGCUAGGUUUCACAUCUUGACUAGUUUUAUCGUAUAAACAAAAAAAAUUUCAAGGUUUAGUUUUUUCAUUUCACGCACACAAUGCGUCACACCUUUACAACAGUUCGAGGUGUUCUCUGGAAAGGCGGAAGUCCCGAAUACGUCAUCAUGAAUUGUCACAGGAAAGUCCCGACAGUCUCGAUGACGUAAUAGGAAAACUCUGCUGUAAGACUCAUCGUGGUGUGAUGUUAAACUAUGUAAUAUCUGGUACCUGUUUAAAGUUUAAA